UGCGGUUGCUCAGUGUUUGGAUCAUCGCGUUUGGAUUGUGAGCAGUCGACCGGGCGAUGUCAGUGUAAAAAAGGAUCAUUCGGAUUGAAAUGUGACACGUGCAAUGCUGAUUCGAUUAUCACUGCUAUCGGUUGUGUCAAAAAAGAUGAAUACAAGGCUCCUAAGUAG